UGCACUGAUGGGCAUUGACAGGCAUCACUGAUACGCGGCACUGACUGGCAUUGAAAGGCAGCUCAGAUGGGUACUGAUAUGUGGCAUUGAUGUGCACUGGUAUGCACUGAUAUGUGGCAAUGAUGGGCACUGGCAUGUGGCACUGAUGAGCACUGACAGGGGGCACUUCUGGGGCCACACUGAUCAUCAGGGCACACUGAUCAUCACUGUCAGCGUGACCGCUCGAGAGGAGAGAAAUGACGAUAACCGGCAUUUCCGUGAUUGGACACAGCUGAUCACAUGACCGAGCUCUUUCCGUGAUCUGCUGUGUCUGAGGGACACAGCGCACCGGCG